CAGAGGUAAACAACAUGGCGGAUGCUGAAGGCAAAGAAAGUGCUGAAUCUCUUCUGAACGAGCUUCAGACUAAAAUUACUCAAGCAUUUGACAUCUUCGAUCAUGAAUCAAAUAAAACAGUUGAUGUGCGCGAGGUUGGGACAAUUGUGCGGUCAUUGGGAUGUUGUCCAAGCGAGGCAGAACUUCAUGAUAUGUUAGCAGAUAUCGAAGAAGAAGAGCCGACUGGUUACAUUCGAUUUGAGAAAUUCCUGCCAACAAUGACACAUGUUCUCAUGGAAAGAAGGUAUAAAGCAUCACCAGAAGAUAUUUUGUUAAAAGCAUUCCAAGUCCUGGAUACAGAACAGAAUGGAUAUUUGACGCAAGAGGAGUUGACUAAAUAUAUGACGGAAGAAGGUGAACCUUUCACACAAGAAGAAAUGGAAGAGAUGCUCUCAGCUGCUGUCGAUCCAGAGAAAGGGACUAUUCUUUAUAGGGACUAUGUAUCACUCAUGGCAGUGGAAGACUCAUAAAAUGUCCACGAGUCUAAAAUAUAUCUUGGCUUGUCUUCAAAUUUUUGAAAAUGACGAAAGUAAGGGGGUUUCUAUACAACAAUUUGUGCAAAAUAAUCAGCCGUCCACCUCGAUACAACAGCAGCCUGUUUUGCCAUUUAUGGUAGUAACUUUUUAUCUGUGGUGAAUUUUGACAGUUUGGUUUCUGAAAAGUAAGCCUUACCCAGUGUGAGCCUUACUCAGUUGCUUCAUUUGCCUUACUAAAUGGCUUAGGGUGGAUUUGUGAAAUCUAAAAUGUCACAAUUGCUUUUGGUUAUAAAACUAUUCUUAAACAUGUAAAUGUGUGAAAUAGUAAUCAUUGUAUUUAUAGUAAAAAUAAAAUUAGG